AUAACUCAUUCUCUCUGCGUACGUUGAGUCUGAUAUACUAGAAUAGAAUUUAUAGAAUUUAUUGGGUGUUAAAAUGACUUGUCUGCUGCGCCAGCCAGCUCCUGAGAUUAGUACAAUUGCUGUAUCGAGCACUCAGGGCUUUCGUACGAUGACUCUGGUUGAGUUUCGCGGCAAAUAUGUGGUGCUGCUCUUUUAUCCGGCUGACUUCUCGUUCGUUUGUCCGACGGAGUUGCAAGCGUUCAGCGAUCGUGCCCAGGAGUUUCGCAGCGUUGGCUGUGAGGUCAUUGCCUGCUCCACGGAUAGUCACUUCUCGCACUGCGCCUUUCUGAAUCAGCCGCGCAACAUGGGCGGCUUGGGUGAGAUGGACAUACCGCUGCUGGCUGACAAGUCAUUAAAGAUAUCCAGGGACUAUGGCAUGCUGGACGAGGCAACGGGCUUGGCUCAACGUGGCAUGUUCAUUAUUGAUCGCGUCGGCCUCGUGCGUCAUAUAUCGGUCAACGAUAUGGGCGUGGGACGCAGCGUCGAGGAAGCUCUGCGCCUGGUUCAGGCCUUUCAGUUCACCGAUGAGUUCGGAGAGGUGUGUCCGGUUAAUUGGAGACCUGGCGCCAAGACCAUGAAAACCAAUCAGAAGAGCAAGGAGGAUUACUUUAAGUACGCCAAUUAAGCAAGACACCAAAGAAAAACACAGAGUGCAAGCAGGCAACACUUACUACUUUUAAUAUUAAAUAUUUUCAAAUAUCA